CAACGAAGAGGGGAGGGUCAGUCAUCGGUGGGAGGGAUGCUCGCAGAAUACCCUGAUCUGCUAGCUAUAGUAAUGAAGCAGCAUUGCUAACUAGUACCAGCGACGUGACACGCGUUAGUUAUCGAACCUCCAUAACGGGUGGCUGUCCGGCUCCUCGUCAUUCUUCACCGUGUGUUCGAGCAGAGGCCGCCGCCGGUCAAUCAAUCAGGGGCCGCCGGUGUUGUUAACCUUCGGAAGAACGCGGAAGUGUCAUUCAGCGUAAACCCCUUGACACAUUGCUGACAACAUGGCUGAAUUUAGCAUCGACAAGAAAAAACUGCCUCCAGUAAAAGAUGUGUGUCGUGACUUUGCAGUGCUGGAAGACCAUUGCCUGGCCCACAACCUCCAGGAGCAAGAGAUCGAGAGCCACCUGGCGUCCAACGUCCACAAGAGUCGCCUGGCUCAGCACGACCUGAAGGUGGCCAAGCUGCUGCAAGAGGAGGAGGACAUGAGGGCCAAGGCCCAGAGCAAGAGACAGUUCCGGGACCUAGAACGCCAAGAUAAUGAGAUCGCACAGGGGAUUCAGGAGGAACUCGUCCGACAGGCUGAGCAGCAGAUACUUCAGGAAGAAAAGGACAUGGCCAUCGCGCGUAAAAUGCAGGAGAAGGAGAUGAAGGAGGAGAGGAGGAGACAGAAGAAGCUGGAGGCUAACUUUGAGGAGGAGUACUUCGAGGAUGAAGGAGGUCGCAUCGUGCAUCGCGCCGGCGGCACCGUCAUCGCGGGCCAAGAGUACGGCCUGAGCGACGCCACCCAGGGCCUGACGUGCCUGGACCUCCGCGACCAGGAGGUCAUCGACAUGGAGGUGGCGCGGAGGCUGCAGGAGGAGGAGAUCUUGGCGAGCAAUAAAGACAAGCACGCUGCCCAAGUCGCUCAGGAUGAGGAAAUCGCUCGGCUUCUGGCGGAGCAGGAGAAGAAGGAGUACAAGAAAAUUAAGGAGCGGGAGAAGGAGAAGGAGAAGGAGCGGGAGAAGGAGAAGGAGAGGAUGAGGAUGGCGCAGGACAAAAAGAGACAGGAGGCGGGCCUCAGGCCUCACGCCGAGGACGUGGUCCGUCCGCGGGACGCGGGCCGGCCCCGCGACGACCACGGAGGGCCCAGAACACGGGAAGAGUUGGAGCACCACAGGCAGAGGAACCACAACAAGCCCACCAGACCCCCUCAACCCCGCACCCCAAACUACGAGAACGUGAACCCCGGCCCCCCCUACGGCUACUCCGACAACCCCUUCCCCCCCCGGGGCAACACCAGGCCAGAGGCGGCCUACAAAGGUGGCUAUUACAGACAGUGACUCAAGCUCCCUGUACUGGCCAGCUGUCCUUAUUUUGAUUUCAUACCAUUUUCCUCAUACCCUUGUUUGUAUUAUUAUUUAAUCUGUUUGUACUCAAGGAUCUGUGCUGUGAUCGACUGAGAGGUUUGGGACAAUCACUGAGUUGCCAAAAUGAAAUAUAUAUUUUUGAACCUCCCUAAAGUUGAGAGAAACCAAGUGUCUUGGGAGGGCUGCAGGUAUUUUUUCCUUUUUUUUGGCUUUAAAAUGUAUAAAAUUGUAUUGUAAUUCCUUUUUAAGUUGCCCAGCACCGAGCUAGGCCAAAGGAGCGGGCCCUGGGACCUGAACUCUGAUGAUUCUCCACUGAGGGACCGUCGUCCAUUGCUGUUCCGUCCUCGUUUGUCAAACGUCUGCAUCACAAGGGCUUCAUUCGCCACCGCCGGAUAGCCCCGUGGGAUGUGGCUCCAUGCUCCAUGCUCCAUCACGGCUGCUAGUGUCUUAAAACCAAGAUGGCUACCGCUUCUCAAUGCUGGACUUCGCAACUCUUGUCCUUUUAUAUCAUCACGCCGGGAGUCCAGGCUGUUCGACGUAGUCUCAUGCUGCACACGACUCAUGUUAUUUUAUUUUUUUUGGACGGAAGUGUUCUCAAUUCUCUUUAUUUUCAUAGGUGUGGAACGACAAAGUACAAAACAACCGUAUCGAAAUGCUGGGUCUUGGUCUUUUGGACGCCCCGCAGUCCAGACACAAGGAGUCUGUCUGGUGGGGUUCUGCGGACUUGUAGCGCGUGCAGUGUCGGCCGUGAGUGGUCUCACUGUCACUGUUUUCUUACUCUCUUGCCCUUUGAUGAAGGGAACGGGUACUACUGGUGAAGAGCGCGCCGAGGGCGCUCUUGCGUGUGGCUCUGUGUUUCCAAGUGCAUGCUUACUGUGCGGUUACUGAUCGGUGCGGUGUACUGUGUGCACAUGCGUUUCUCUCUGAGCUGGCUCCCCCACUGCUGUCUGCAGUUGGCACUCGUGUGAAUUUGGGAAUAAGCGCUAACUAAUUUAACUACAGUAUACGAUAUAUUAUAUAUUACCCUCUC